AUGGCUCGCGUCAGAGCGCUCAAGCUGUUUCACAUUACCGAGGAAGUUGGAGACGAAUACUUGCGUGCAAUGGACAAGGCAAGCAGUGGCCGUCCUCAUAAUGGACUUGUUUUGGAGUCGUCGCCGCUUCCGGUUCCCCCUAUUACAGAACUAAAAGCAGUGUCCAUAUCAGACGAGACCUUCGGAGUCACGGUUGAUAGCCAGAGCGCCGAGGAUGUGCUUGUCAACGGGAAGCAGGAGACUUACUCGUACAAGUCUGCGGGCUGGCGACAGCCACUUAUUCUCUAUGUCGAUGGCGUGCUCGACGAAGGCAACCUUGGAGCCAUUGCUCGCUCAGCCUACUUCCUCGGCGUUGAUGCAGUCGUAACACCAACCCGUCAAACUGCGCCCUGGAGUCAUAUAGCUGUGAAGGCAUCCGCUGGUGCUGCAGAAGCUGUCCCUCUCUUCAAAGUCGGUGAACCCGCAGACUUCCUCGGUAAGAGCUCGCGGGCUGGAUGGAGGAUAUAUGCCAGCGAUGCCAUUCCUCCUCCACCUGUGACGUCGGGAGAGAAAGAAGAACCAAGCAGCAAGAUCGUUUACUCCGUCGCUCGUAGCACCAAACGCCUCCCGUCAGACCAUUGCCCAGUUGCGGAGCACCCCACAAUCCUCAUGAUGGGCGCAGAGGGUACCGGACUACGAGACAGUUUGCUCAACCUCGCGCAUUACAAGGUCGGGAUCAAGCACGGGCGUGAAGUCGACGAAAUCGGAGUCGACAGCCUCAACGUCAGCGUAGCUGCAUCGAUACUAUCCUACGAGAUGCUGCAGAAGCCGAUCGCGAAGGCAGCAUCAACUCCAGAGGAAGUGUUGUUCUAG